AUGGUUCAUUUAAAUAACAACUUUGCUCUUACUUGUGAAAAUAAAUCUUUAGAUGAUUUAAAUAAUAUAACGAUACAAUGUACUUGUGAUUUUAGAAUAAAUUAUAGAGGUUGCGAAGAUGAGGAUGUGCUUUUAUUGGUACAUAGAUUAUUGAUUCCUUAUUCAAUCUUUAUCAUCAUGAUUUCACUUGGAUUUAUAUAUCAUCGAAUGGUUCGUAAAGGGCAAACCUUUUUUUUACCACAAAAUCGAGAAAGAGGUAUUUUAAGGAUAAGACCACAAGGAAUAUUUCACCUUACAACCAUUAAAUCUCUUUUUAGAUAUCCAAAUUCUGUGAUUGCAGAAAUUGGACAAGAUCUAUCACGAGAAUUAAGUAUAGGAAUGGCAUUAAUAUACCCGAUAAGUAUAAUAUAUUCUACUCCUGCUCUCAAAUUUAAAUCGAAAACUUCAAAUGGAACAACAAGAGGACAAAAACCAAAUAAACAUAUUAUUGAUACGAUUGGCAUUUUUAUAUUAAUUGCACCUUUUACAACAUUAUUUCCAUUUGCUUGCCUAACUGGUUAUUGGGCAGAUGUAGAUUAUCCUAUGGCAUUAUUAUUUACAAAAGUUCAUUAUAUAAUUUUGGUUUUAUGGGCCUUAACUUUUUUAGGUUCUGUAGUAUAUUUUUGGUGUAAAUUAAUUGUUAUAAUAUGGAAUCGUAUUGAUGAAUUAAAAAAAAAAGAAAGUAAUGGAAAGCCAAAUAUAGGAUUGACUGUUUCAACUUUACAGAGAGCAGCAAGGAAUUUAUGUCUUGCAUUAUUUGUUUUAAUUGUAGCAAUGAUGUUAUAUAUAAUCACAGUUUUAUCAUUUUGUGUGAUUCACAAAGACAUGACAUCAUUUGGCCGCAAAGUUAAUAUUGGUGAUACAUCAUCAAAUAGAUUAUCAUUUGUACACAGCCUUCGAAUUAGUCAAAUAUUCAAUAGUAGUAGAAGAGAAAAUGAAAGAAAUUCAAUAUCAAUUUAUAAUUAUGAUGAAGAGAUUUCAACAGGUGAUGCUCAUAACUCUACACUAAAUUUACAACAAAUUCAAAUUCAGUCUUCAGCAGAGAAAUUGGAUAGAUAUAUCGAAAAACCUAUUGUAAAUCCGAAUUAUAAUAAAGAAAAACAAAAAGUUAAUAAUAAUAAAACAACAAGUCUUCAAACUAUUCAAAUUAUUCAAGCAGAAGAAGUUAAGCAUGAUUCAAUAAAAUCAAUGAACAGUUUAAAAUCCAUGUCUAAAUCAUCAAGAUAUGAUAGUCUUAGAAAUAGUGCUCAAAAUUCAAUAACAACGCUUUCAGAUUUAAAUAUUCCAUCUGAAGACAAUGGUAUAGCAAUAUAUCCAAGUUCUUUAACUCCAAGGAAUAGUUAUUGUUUAAGUCCUAGUCUUUGUCGGAAUUUACAACUUAAUUUAGAUGAAAUAGCAACGAAUAAUACUCUUCAACUACCUCAAAUAGCUCAUAUAUCUCAUGUAUCUCAAAUAUCUCAAAUAUCUCAAGUAUCUCAAGUAUCUCAAGUAUCUCAAAUAUCUCAAGUAUCUCAAGUAUCAGAGUUUAUAAGAAAAAAUCCAGUUUUACACCAUCAUAGAAGUUAUGAUAGUUCAAUGGGAUACAUUGCAGAAGAAGUUUUGGAUGACGAUUUAGAUAAUAAACAACUUAAUAAUAAACAACUUAAUAAUGAUCAACUUAAUAAUGAUCGAUUUAAUAAUGAUCGAUUUAAUAAUGAUCGACUUAAUAAUGAUCGACUUAAUAAUGAACAUAGUGAUCAAAAUAGUUGGAAUGAUAGUAGGGGUAGUGAAUUAGAUGGUGUAAGUUCAUCGGCUUCUUAUGAGAUAAGUCCUGAAGCAGCAGCAUUAGCCAAAGCUUCAUGGGCAAGAUCUGAGGAAGAUCUUGGUAGUUAUAAAGGAAAUAUUAACGUUAGUAUUAGUAGGCAUACAUCAAAAACUCAUUCAAGUUUAGGAUUACAAAGAGAUUCUAUAUCAAUAUCUUCUGAUAUUACUGAUAAACAAGAAUGGUUAAAGAGACGACCUACAUCACCUCUUGUUAGAAAAAUAACGAUUCCAAGAUCUGGUCUUGUUAUAAAAACUGAUUAUUAA